GCGGGAGGGAGCCGCUCGCCAGGAACCCUCCGAAAAAAGAUGGCGGCGGGCUCGGAUCUGCUGGAUGAGGUUUUCCUAAACGCUGAGGUGGAUGAGAAGGUGGUGAGCGACCUGGUAGGCUCCCUGGAGUCUCAGCUGGCGGCCUCGGGCCAUCACCACCCGCACCACAAGGCGCAGGAGCCCCUCAGGGUCGCCGGGGGGCUGCUGGGGAACCAUGUUGUGAGCAGCGGCAGCAGCAGCAGCAACAGCCCUAGCCCUAGCCCAGGAGGAGGAGGAGGAGGAGGAGGAGUAGGAGGCAAUGCUAAUGUCCAAACAGAGAACCCCGGCAGCCGCACCACCGGCAGCAGCACCAGCAGCACCGCCGCCGCCGCCGCCGCCGCCAAGAUGGGACUCAGUGGCCCGGAGAUCACCAAGCCAGGAACUGGUGGAGUACAAGGGAGUGUUAUCAAUCAUAAUGCCAGGUCCCAGGGCUCUACGUUGGAUGGGACCACUACAACUAGCAGCAGCACCACUACAACUGUCCAAGGUGGCUCUGAAGCUGCUAUUACCCCAGGGACCCUCAAUCAGGGCAAAUCAGUGGUAAUCAGUACCAUGGCAACAGCUUUAUCUACCAGGAAUGGUAAAAUUGGGACCACUGCAGUGCAGACUUUGAAUGGAAGUAACGUGGUGAUGAAUUCCCAUGCUUCUUUCUCCGCCACUCCUGUAACAGCAAAUCCUACUGUGGUCCCUGCUGUUGCCCCUCUCGUUAACAAUGGACCUGGAAAUAUUGGAAAAGUCAACACCGUUAAUGCUGUCUUGCCAUCUGCUUCAAGUACUGUCAUCCAGACUUCUUUCCUUGGCGCUGGAGUGUCCUCUGCCUCUUCACCUUCACCUACAGUGAUCUCUUCACAACAGCCCCCCAAUAUGGGGGCUGGGGGGCCAACAGUAGCAUUGGUAAGGCCGCCCAUUCACGCGGCAGGACCCUCAUUGGCUGCCGCCACCCAAAAUGGGAGCAGUACUGUGAUCAAUUCAACCAUCAACGUGGGAGGUUUCCCGACUGCAGCUGUUGCAGCUGCCACGGUUGGUUCAGGGGUGUCUCUCCAGACCUCUCUCGUGAACAGCCAGCCAGGCUCUGGGGUAUCAGCUGCUGCACCCACCACACAGGUCAUCAAAGCAGAGUCUCCUAAAACUAUUGUGCAAGCAGUCACCCAACAGCAAACUCUGGCUGCAGCUGGCCAGCCUAGUACUACAGGGGGUAACAUGAUCAUUGGGCAAACUAUGCAAGCUGGCCUGCCCAACGUAGCUCCUAAUCCUGGUGGAGUACCUCCUGCACCUCCAGGGACUCCCACAGGUCUGGCUAAGGGUGCUGCCAAUACAGUGGCACAGAGCCUGCCCAGGACUGCAACUGCAACCACCGGUGGAAUCAGAGCAACUUUGACUCCCACUGUUUUAGCACCUCGUCUGCCUCAGCCUUCUCAGAAUCCAACAAAUAUUCAGAACUUUCAAUUGCCACCAGGCAUGGUCAUUGUACGUAGUGAGAGUGGCCAGUUACUGAUGAUCCCUCAACAUGCUUUGGCGCAAAUGCAAGCCCAAGCCCAUGCACAGUCUCAGUCUCAAACGACCAUGACUCCUCGUCCUGCCACAUCUACCAGUGCUUCUCCGGUCCAGCUCUCGACUGUGCAGGUCAGUUCCCUGAGAAAUGCACCGGGAACCCCUAUAAUUGCUCGGCAGGUAGCACCAACCACUAUAAUCAAACAAGUGUCUCAGGCACAGACAACUGUACAACCUACAACAACGUUACAGAGGCCACCUGUAGUCCAGCCUCAGAUUGUUCUGGGCAGCCCUGCACAAACAACAGCAUUAGGAACAGCAACGGCUGUGCAGACUGGAACCCCUCAAAGGACGGUGCAAGGAGCCACAACAACCUCCACAGCAGCCACAGAAACCAUGGAAAAUGUGAAGAAAUGCAAGAAUUUUCUCUCUACGCUAAUAAAACUAGCCUCUUCUGGAAAGCAGUCGACGGAGACUGCAGCUAAUGUGAAAGAGCUAGUCCAGAACUUGCUGGAUGGAAAGAUUGAAGCAGAAGAUUUCACCAGUAGGUUAUACCGGGAACUUAAUUCUUCACCUCAACCAUACCUUGUGCCUUUCUUGAAGCGGAGUUUGCCUGCCUUGAGACAUCUGACUCCCGACUCGGCUGCUUUCAUUCAGCAAAGCCAGCAACAGCAGCCUUUGACACAGCCCACCACUGCUCUGACCGCUGUGAUGUUGAGCAGCUCGGUCCAGCGUACGGCGGGAAAGACCACCGCCGCAGUCACGAGUACCUUGCAGCAGCCGGUCAUCAGCCUAACACAGCCAACCCAAGUGGGGGUUGGCAAGCAAGGGCAGCCUACGCAGGUGGUUAUCCAGCAGUCUCAAAAACAAGGUACAUUAAUUAGGCCUCCGCAGGUGACAUUGACCCAGACGCCCAUGGUGGCCUUGCGGCCACCCCACAAUCGUAUUAUGUUGACUGCUCCUCAACAAAUUCAGCUGAAUGCACUUCAGACAGUCCCCGUGGUAAAGCAAACAGUAUUACCAGGAACCAAAGCUCUUUCUACUCUUUCAGCCCAAGCUGCAAUUGCUCAGAAAAAUAAACUGAAAGAACCCGGGGGAGGUUCUUUUCGGGACGAUGAUGAUAUUAACGACGUUGCCUCUAUGGCAGGAGUCAACCUAUCGGAAGAAAGCGCACGUAUAUUGGCCACUAAUUCUGAGUUGGUGGGCACUUUAACAAGGUCGUGUAAAGAUGAAACUUUUCUUCUCCCAACACCCUUGCAAAGAAGAAUAUUAGAAAUAGGUAAAAAGCAUGGAAUAACGGAAAUCCAUCCCGACGUAGUUAGUUAUGUAUCACAUGCGACGCAACAAAGGUUACAAAACUUGGUAGAGAAAGUAUCAGAGACUGCCCAGCAAAGGAAUAUUUCUUACAAGGAUGAUGAAAGAUAUGAACAAGCAAGCGACGUUCGGGCACAACUCAAGUUCUUUGAACAACUUGAUCAAAUAGAAAAACAACGGAAAGACGAACAAGAAAGGGAAAUAUUAAUGCGGGCAGCAAAGUCUCGAUCUAGACAAGAAGAUCCAGAGCAACUUAGGUUGAAACAAAAGGCCAAGGAGAUGCAACAACAAGAACUAGCACAAAUGCGACAGAGGGAUGCUAACUUGACUGCGUUGGCUGCAAUAGGACCCAGAAGAAAAAGGAAACUGGAUUCUCCAGGGUCUGGAUCAGGGACAGAGGGAUCCAGUCCGAGUGUAGCAGUACCAGGAUGCUCCGGAAUCGGAACAACCAGACAGUUUACACGGCAAAGGAUAACUCGGGUGAACCUCAGGGACCUCAUAUUUUGUUUAGAAAAUGAGCGAGAGACAAGCCAUUCACUAUUGCUCUAUAAAGCAUUCCUUAAGUAGAAGUGGAGAAGAUCAAGGUAUUUUUUGGCAAAAGAAGACCCUGGGGACACUUUUUAUAUAUAUUUGCAGAUUACGCCUUUUUGUAACAAGCCUAUGGGAUAUUGUUUUAAAUCCAAUCAGAACACCCCAUCAACAGCCACCGCCCUGAGACCGCCAUCUCUUUGCAAGGAGCCCGUUUUCUAUUUCCAUUGAUCAUUAACCCUUUGAUGUGAGAGAGAGACCUCUGUCUUUGACAGUCAGGAGACGUGGAAAGGCCUAAGGAGACAAUAUGCGGACAGUUGAAAGUUUAACUCAUCUCUUGGAGUGGCCUUCUUGUCAAACAAGCCAUAUUAUAGAGACUGAGGGAACCAUUAGCAAAUAACCAGCUACUCUGUGUCAGAUGAUCCUGUAGCAAUUCAACAUUAAUUGUGCAUUUUAUUUCAGUUGUACUUUAACUCAAAUCAUCUAGGUGUGUGUGUGUGUGUGUGUGUGUGUGUGUGUGUGUGUGUGUGUGUGUGUGUGUAUAUAUAUAUAUAUAUAUGUUUU